AUGAGGCCCCUCACCGCCGCUGCUCUAUGCAAGCCAGAGUAUGUCGUCGAAGGUGCUGCGUCAUUUUCGGUGUCCCCCAAACUCAACGAAGAGCAUCCCAGCACUCUCACCAAGCACUCCAAAGGCGACCAGGACACAGGCCCUUCUCCUGAAUACACAAACAGACAAGCUAGGGAUCCAAAGAAGCUCAGCGAAUCAUGCCUCCUGUCUCCGCACGAAAGCCGCCCAAGCGCAAGGGCUCCAUGUACUUAUCUCUACCUGCUCUACACAAUGCUGAUUGAACACAGGCUUGCAAUUCCCGAUGACCUCAAGGCCAGGAUCACAGAGCUCGAGAAGCUCUUCACCAUCACCCCAGACCAGCUCAGCCACAUUGUAGACAGUUUCAUCGGUGAAUUGGAAAAGGGCCUCCGAGGCGAUGAAGGUCAUGACAUCCCCAUGAUUCCUACAUGGGUGCAGGGCUAUGCCACCAAGGAUGAGAGCGGUAGCUACCUUGCUAUUGAUAUGGGCGGCACCAAUGUUCGUGUUUGUGAAGUGACGGUACUUGGCAAUGGACAGUACGACUUGUCUCAGGCAAAGUAUCGCAUCCCUGAAGAACUCAAGCACGGCGAGCGUGAUCCUCUUUUUGAGCAUAUCGCCAAGUGUGUCAGAAAAUUCAUCGAUGAUCAUCACGAGGGCGAUAUGAUGAACAUGCCCAUUGGCUUUACGUUCUCUUACCCUUGCUCCCAAGACGCCAUUGACCACGGAGUGUUGCAGCGAUGGACCAAAGGUUUCGACGUCAAAGACACGGAGGGCGUCGAUGUUGUGCCUGUCUUUGAUGCACAGCUCAAGAAGCAAGGCCUUGAGGCAAAGACGACGGCUUUAAUCAAUGAUACCACCGGUACCCUGAUUGCCUCCAACUAUGUCGACCCUGAGAUGCAGAUUGCCGUCAUCUUCGGAACUGGCUGCAAUGCCGCGUACAUGGAGACUCUCGAGCACAUUCCAAAGCUACACCAUUUGCAGUGCGACAAGAGCACACCUAUGGCCAUCAAUUGCGAGUGGGGUGCUUUCGCCUUGACACCACGUACCAACUAUGAUGCACUGAUUGACGAGCAGUCGCCUCGCCCUGGCCAGCAAAAGUUUGAAAAGAUGAUUGCUGGGUUAUACCUUGGUGAAAUCGCCAGGCAGGUCUUGCUCGACUACUUCAACCAAGGCAUUCUGUUCAAAGGCCAGAGCUUCGACAAGCUCAAAGAGCCCUACUCGCUCGAGACGGCUGUACUGUCUGAGAUUGAGCUUGAUGCCAACGAGAACUUGAUUGACACGCAGGAUCUCUUCAGCAAGCAAUUCGGCCUUGAAUGUGACUUCCCUACAUUGACGCUGAUUCGUCGUUUGGCAGAGCUCGUUGGUACACGAUCAGCAAGACUCUCUGCUGCGGGUGUCGCAGCCAUUUGCAAGAAGAAGGGCAUCAAGUCUUGUCACGUCGGUGCAGACGGCUCUGUUUAUGCCAAGUACCCACACUUCCGUGAGCGCGGAGCAGAAGCAUUGCGUGACAUCUUUGGCGAGCAAGGCGAUAACAUCAAGAUUUUGCCCGCAGAGGAUGGAUCUGGUGUCGGUGCUGCUCUCAUUUCUGCUGUGGUCAAGAGGCUGCACAAGGAGGGUAAGCUCGUCUCGUCCAAGGAUGAGGAUGAUAAAGAUGUGAAGGAGGUGACGGACAAGGUCAAGGACCUUUGA